AUGUCGAUGGGUGACGACGGCAUCCAUAAAAUCAUGCCUAUCACCACAGAUUUGGUCUGUCUGCAAACCAGCUCUCAAAUCAAAUUCUUGAACCCAAAGACAACACAACUUGCAUCAGUUGAAUGGCCAUAUGAUGUCCCUCUCAGCAAUUGUGAAACAGCAUUUGGAGGGGAAUGGAAAACACUUUGCAAUGUAUGUCCUCGCCUUGUAUCUGAUGGAACCUGGUUUGAUAGAUUCGUGUACUGGCGUGUAGACAAACUAUCCUCUGAAAUAGCAACACCUCAAGAGUUGCUGGUCGUGUUUGACUACCACACUCAACAAUUCCAAACCAUAAACUGCCCUCCAUCUCCAAUCUUCUUUAACCCCACUUAUCCUUCUCAUAUGAAUCUCCAAGUGAAAAUAUUGGACUUCCAGGGGACUAUGUGUGUAAUAGAUGAGCACCACAUUACUCAUAAUCAUCACUGUCAGAUGUGGGCAUGGGAUCCAGAUACUUCCACAUGGGAUUGCAUAUUUGAGACCCAUGAAUUCCCAAAUGUGAACACACACGUUCCACACAGAUUACAUCUCCGUCAUGAUUAG